AUGCACCAGCGUAGUUGUCGCGUUAUACAUGGGCUUAACAACGAGCUAUGUGCAGAUCUUGAAGAACAGAAUGCGGAUGAGAACACGGAAGGAGUUCUUGCGGAUGAUGAAGUUACAAAUCUAACUACGGCUGGAAAUGAAACAAGUCCAGUUCUUAAGAAAGGUAUAAAGCUGCCGAAAAGAGAUUCAGAAUGGUCAACGGCAAAUGAACAUUUUAAAUCUGCUCUACUUUUAAAUGGACCAAUCAAAUCACAAGACUUGAAUACAAGUAUACAAGUAUUAAAUGACGCGAUAUAUAAUUACUUUGCCGAUAACUUUGGACAUACAGAAACGAUUCCUGAUAAAAACUUAAUCAAUAAAUAUAAAGAUCAUACAGUUAAAAAUUUGAAAAAGACUCUACGAAAUUUAAAAUCGACAAACUCUGACAUCACGGAAAUAAAGUAUGUUUCGCGUGCUUUGCGCGAUAAGCUGCGUGACAAUAACAAGAACACUCAGACAGACACAAACCAUGAUGAGUCAUUUAAUCACGAUAAAUAUCUUGAGCGCAAUUUCUGGGGUUAUGUAAAAAAGUGCUUAAAACAAAACGGACAGUAUUACCAUCCUUCAGCAUGCCAGAAUGCCUCAAUUACUUCAGGAAAAUACUGGCAGAAAUUCAUCCGACUAAAUUAUUUCAAAUUCCAAGUUGGAUUCCUAAGUUACGUAAUCCUCAAAUUCAAUUUGACCUUGACCCCCCAACCUAUCAACAAAUUACAGCUGUAAUACGUAAAAUGAAAGCAUCUGGUUCUCCUUGCCCUCUCGAUCAGCUCUCAAUAAUAUGUUUUAAACGCUGUCCUUACCUUAGAACUUAUCUCACCGAACUUAUACGGGCCGUCUGGUUAUCUGGUACCAUCCCUUCUGAAUGGAAAAGAGCUUGUACCAUUCUUGUUCACAAAAAAGGCGAAGCUAACGAUCCCUCCAAUUUCCGACCCAUUACACUUGAAUCAAUUCCUUUAAAAGUAUUUACAUCCUGUCUCCGUAAUUCACUGUAUUCCUUCCUCGCCGCAAAUAAUUAUAUCGAACAUAACAUACAAAAGGGCUUCACACCAAAUCUUUCAGGUACUAUGGAGCACACUGCUCAAAUGGCGAAUAUUAUAAACAAAGCACGGAUUAAACAGCGCUCUCUUGUCAUCACUCUCCUUGACCUUAAGAAUGCUUUUGGUGAAGUUCAUCACAACUUAAUUCAAUCUAUACUUGAAUAUCAUCAUAUUCCUGACCACAUCAAAAAUGUUAUCAAAAGUUUAUAUACUGAUUUUAAAACUUCCGUGAUAACUUCUGAAUUCCGCACUCCGUUCAUAACUGUUGGCCGUGGUGUGCUACAAGGCGAUUGUCUUAGCCCUCUGCUGUUCAACAUGUGCUUUAAUACUUUCAUUCAGCACAUAAAAGCUGACAAGUACCGUCAAUUUGGUUUCAUGUUUAACUUCCUCAAUCCCAUUCACUGGUUUCAAUUCGCUGAUGAUGCGGCUGUUAUCACUGGCCAAGAUUAUGAAAACCAACACCUCUUAAACCGAUUCACAAUCUGGUGUCAAUGGUCGAACAUGAUAAUCAGAGUUGAUAAAUGUAGCACCUUUGGCAUCAAGAAAGUUUUGACAAAAUCCGUUCAGUACUUACCGAAACUACUAAUUAACAAUGGUCUCAUACCUACUAUCGAAAUGGGAGAAUCUUUUAAAUAUCUAGGAAGAUUCUUUGAUUUUGAUAUGUCCGACCAAGAACACAAAUCUGAACUAAUGUCCCUCAUUGAUGAACUAAUGUCUGAUAUCGACCAUAAACCUCUACACCCAAAAAACAAACUUAUUCUAUACAACCGCUACGUUCUAUCCAAAAUAUCCUGGCAUCUCACUGUUGCAACCCUGUCGAAAACCUGGGUAACGGAAACAAUCGAUUCUGUGAUUAAUCAAUACAUCAGAAAGUGGCUUGAAAUACCCAUUUCUGGAACAUUAAGUAAUAUUUAUCUAACCCAUAACAAAUUCGGUCUGAAUAUCCUCCCUGCAUCCGUCAAAUUUAUCCAAUGUCAAACUGUCCUACGCAACGCCUUAAAAACAUCCCCAAAUGAUUCCAUAAAAGAACUCUGGAAAUCAACUAACAAUCACACUAAUAUUCAGUACGACAUAUAUAAUUCAACAAAGGAAGUUCUCAAGGAUUUUCAUUCUGGACAAGAAGAUAAGCUUCAACACCGUUUAAUUUGUCAAGGUUCAUUUUUCUCGAAUGUUGCAAAGAUUUCCUUUUCAAAGUUAAACACACUUUGGUCUGCCGCUCAAUCAAAACUGCCAAAGAACAUUUUCAACUUCACCGUUCGUUACAUAAAUAACUCUCUUCCUACGCGAAAAAACCUUACAAGAUGGGGUUUAGCGUCAAGUCCCGAAUGUUCCUUUUGUUUGUGCCCUGAAACCCUAUUACACGUGGUAGCCGGCUGCCAAUCGUACCUUCAGCGCUUUACUUGGAGACAUGAUUCUAUUUUAAACUUUCUCGCUGAAACGUUUCAAACAACAAAUCCAUGUCAACUUUAUGCUGACCUAUCCGGACACAAAAGCCCGUCAAUUAUAACUGGUAACCUAUAUCGACCGGACUUACUCCUAAUUACCCCAAAUGAAGAUCUUUAUGUCCUUGAACUUACUGUCGGGUUUGAAUCUAAUCUACAUAAUAACGUUAAACGCAAAAAAGCAAAAUACAAAGAUCUAAUUGAAGAUCAAAGGGGUCACUUUAAUUCUGUUAAAUUUGUAAACCUAUCAAUGAGCUCUCUCGGUGUGUUUGACAAAGAAUGCUUCACCUUUUUAGAAAUGUUAGACACUAUAGGAAUGGAUAAAAAGCAGCAACAUUACUGCAUAAAAAAGAUGACGUCUUAUGCCAUUAGAGCGACGUACUAUAUUUUUUGUUGUCGUAACAAAGAGUGGACAAACCCUGAAUUGUUAAACAUUUAA